AUGUCUUCUUCUCUCUGGUCCUCGGGCGUUGCCGUCCAUGCUUACCGCCUGCCCCUCCCCAACUCCGCCAUCAUCAAGGCGAUCAUCAACGGGUCUUUCGAGGCUCCCAUUGCCAUGAUUUCCGCACAGGAUCCUACCAACAAGGUCGGACCUAUCCCCAAGGCCAAUGUCGAGGAAAACAUCAACAUUUCCGACGUCGACGAUACCAUGAGCAUGGACAACACCGACGAGCAUGACGACAAACUUACCUCCGCUUCCAUCAGUGUCGCUCCGACCGACUACUUCUCUUUCCCCGUCCUCGACGCUCAAGCUUCGUCCAAGGAUGCAGACGUCGCUUCGACCGACAAGUGCCAUCGCGGUCGCAAGGUUUCUACCGACACCACUUCUUCGAACAACUCCAAUUCCACUGUCAACAGCAACUUCAGCAAGAACACUGCCAACACCCAAGACACGGAGUACUCUCAAUCGGACAUCGCCCACACACAGGACAAGCGCAGUCAAAUCAAGACCCCUGAACAUUGCGACGAAAGCGGUUUUUCCCGCGACAAUGGCUCUCCAGUUCAGGAUGAAACCCGCGGUCCCACCAACUACCAAUCCUUCCCCACUCUCCCGAAUGCGCCUUUCUCACGCGGCACCCCCUCGCCCACACCAUCCGAUCUCGCCUGCGACAGCGACGCCGACGACUACUCCAGCGUCGUCUAUGCCAGCGAUGACGACUACCAUAGCGACAAUGACUCAACCAAAGACGAACUAGACGACCUCGCAGCCAUCCACACCCUCGACCGCCCCAAGUACGGCCUGCAAUACGAUUCUGAGGUUGUGGAUGCGACUACGCAGCAAAGGCUUGACGAUGAUGAGAACAAUGGGAAGAAAGAGAGGGAGCCCAAAGUCAAGGCCGUUGCGACUUCCCGCGGAGUGGAGAUGGUCACUUACUACUCUGACGACGAAUCCGACACUGAGGAAGAGCCGAGACACCCGCUCGCCGAAUUUUUCUGCUGGAAGGAGGAGAAAGACAUGGGCGAGAAUUGGGAGGUGCUUGGAUGGUAUGAGCACCCUGAUGGCAACAAGUCUUAUGUCCUGGGAUCUGACGAACGCUGGUACUGGGAAUAUGAGGGGGCUUUCAUGCUGCUUCUUGAUGAGGAGCUGGAGGAGUUUAACUACUGGCGCAGUAUUGAUCCGGCAGCGGUUUUGCACUGGAACGGGGAGGUUGAGGAGGAGAAGGGUUCGUUGAGCGUUUGCGGACUCGGUACCAUUCAGGAGGAGGACGAAGAGAUUGAUGAGGAGGUCUGCGAAGUCAAGGAAAUCAAGGAAGUUGACGAUCGCAAUGGUUUGGCGACGGUCUGGGGUCUCGAUGUCAUCGACGAGGAGGAUGAGGAGGCAUGUGAGGAGAUUGGCGAAGUGGAGGAGGUGGAGGAUCACCAAGGCCAUGAGAGGGUCUGGGGACUGGAGGCUUUUAAGGAGGAUAAUGAGGACGAUGAGGACUAUAAAGUAUUCAUAUGA